UCGUGCCUGGAUAUUUCUCGGGAAUACCCUCUCGACUUUCUUGUGUAUCAGUCGCGAAACUCGCGAUAUACUUUCUUUAUUAAGCAUCAGCCAGUUCGCAUAACAUUUCGCGUGCGCAGCUUUACACUGAUUAAAGCAUAAACUUUAAAAAUUGAGAAAACCUCCCAAAUCGUAGGAGUCACCCGUGAUCUUAUGGCGUACGUUAAGUGAACCCAAAACAGUCGCUGCAUUACCCCGGACUACCGCUAGACUUAUUAUUUGCGAUAUUAUACGUAAGUUGCUAAAUUUGCCACAAACAAGGAAACAUUUCUGGGAGCAAUGUUUAUUUACGGAGACGACGUGCAUUCCGUGUACGCGUGGAACGCCGUGGACGUGUUGAUCGAUGGGCAGUUGGAACACGGCCUGGUGAUCGACGUGGCGGAGACGGGACUGAUCAUCGACUUCCAAUGCCCCGAACGGCGCGCGCAGCUAAUAGAGUACGGGAACAUGUAUCACUGCUACGGGGAUUCGGGGCGCCUGACGGCAGCCGCGCAAGUCCUGCUCCGCCGACUUCCGGACGGGGCCUGGAUCUGGUAUCCGGGAAAGGUCAUCCCCGUUGACGGCUACCGCUACGAUGAUUUUGAACUGGUGGACGUGGAACGGCCCUACGGCACCGUCCGCGAGCUGGUUCCCCGGGAGCAAACCCGGCCACCACUGGAUGAUGACUGGAAGCGUAGGCGACUGGUGAAGAAGGGUGAAUUUGUCAACCGCGCGUGUCCGCUGCCGGCCACACACGAGUUUAGGCUGAUUAGCGAGUGCCAGAUGCUGGGCCGAGUCUUCAAUCGCGAAGCGGCUAAAUUCUUCGGGGCAUGGUUCAAAAGCGUGCACAACCAAGAAUUAUUGUAUUUGCAGCAUCCGUUUGGUAAACCUCUGACAGCCCCGAUAAUGAGAAACAUCUGUGAUAAAGCAGCGAAAAAGAUUUGGCUGGUCACACACCCAGAUUUGGCUGGCUACACACCCACGCAGAAGGCGGUUACUGAGCUCAGUAAACUGCGGCUGCCGCCUGUAUUGUUGGUGGAAACCUUCCAGUCGCUGGGCUCCAUCGGGCGGCUCCGUUGUCGGCGUGUCUGUCAUCUGUGGAACACUCUUCUCAUCACCAACGCCUACUUCCCCGAUGUGCGCGUGUCCGGCCAUUCCGCGGAAUAUCGCGGUGAGGAAUUUGAAGCAAACGAUUUGUACUGGGCAGUGGCAACUCUGCUAAAAUGCCUCCAUAGCGACACCAAACUGGCGGUAUUCAGUAAGCUGUCGUUGUGUGACGCUCGCGGUCGGCAACUGUCCGCACCGAUCCACCAUAUCCUCAAACCGGGACACCUGCCGGUGCUGGUGUUCCACGACUGCAAAUUCGGCGGAUGGAUGGAUCGUAUCCCGAAGGUGAUUAGCCAGACGGUCGAUGUAGUCGUUCAGUGCGCCUGCGAGCGAGUGGUGUGGAAGCAGUGCCGCCUCCCUGGUAACGGUUUACAGGCGCUGGUGUCGCACCACUCACUCAACGUCCAGUCGCGUCAGCAGUUGGAGCAGCAGCUGUGGGAUAUGUUCGAAAGAAAUCUGGUACUCGCGAGGCCGCUAGAUCGACAGGCCGUUCAGGAUUGGAUCACGGCAUCUAUUCCGCGGGUACCGAACGGUCGGGGAGCUUCGGAUGAGGUUAAAUUGAUUUUGAAGGCGCUGAACGAAUACCAAAGUGCCGAUCCUCGCGAGUCCACGCGUUACCGACAGCGGGAGUGGACGGCGUCCAAUGUCAUUUUUGUGGAUGUCCGUCAGCUGACCACUCUGACGGUGGCCUUUGUGAAUGAACACCGUCGGCCGGGAUUUAGCAAAUCUCUAGCAGCGAGUGCGACCGCUUACGCACUGACCACGCCUCGGAAAGACGCUACCGCGACAGCUCUAUCAACGCAGGCUUAGCUCUGCGUUUUGUGCGCAAUUUUUCUGCUUGUAGUGCGCGAAAAUCUGCAAGAACGGGAACACUAGAAUUCGAAAACCGAACGUAAAAACGUACGAAUACCGUUUUUACACUGAAACAAAUUUCUGUUGGUUUUGUAAGAUUUCAAAAUGAAAUUCAAAAAAUCAUUAUAGAAUUUUGAAAAAGAUGUACUCUGUAACAUCAUCUGAAUGA